AUGGGGAACACCGUCUGCACCGACGCCGUUCCCUUCACACUGGAUGACGUCCUCCUUUCUCAGCGUGCUGGACAGCAGCGCAGCGUCCGGGAGCUGCUUACUCCGGCCGCGGUGGAGCGGUUCGCGCGGUAUCAGCACAACAUGAAGGCGUUUGUGUUCUACCAGCGUGCAGUGGACAACAGCGCCGCGCGCAUGGACCCCUCACAUGUGUAUUCGCUACCGGUUUCCCUCUCGCAGGCGAGGCUCCGCCCGGAUGAAACGGCAGUGUACGUACUCGUGCAUGUGCAGCGCACGCCAGAGGUCCCCGUCAGCGCGCGCCGCGGUGGCGGCUCCACGGCGCAGUGUGCUACUGCUUCUGGCGGUGUUGCUGAGCGGCCGCUGAGGGAGGCAGAGAUGGAGCGGCGCCGUAGUAGCGAAGAAACCCCACUCUGGGUAUCUGCAGUUGCCGAUGCCUUCACUCCGCGCGGCGUUGCAGUGCCGUUCGCGACGGAUAUCGGUAAGCCAAUGCUGGUGCUUCCGUCUGCUGCUGCUGCUGCUAAUACUUCCAGCGGUUUGGUGCCUGGUGUGGAUGGCUUUGAUUUCAGGUACAGCGUGCAUAUACUCACAGGUACCAAAGCGAACCCGAUAGUGGCAUCCGUCGCCGUUCUACACGCUUUUCGGAUUGAGCGAUGUCUUAUGGAUGGCGCGGAGGUCGUGCAGCGGCUGUUUUUCAACUACAACGCAUGUCGUUGUGCGGCGGAAGGGAAGAUAGAUAUAGCUUUGUGUGCACCUGUAGGGGAGGUGGUGGGCAGCAGGACGCCACGCCGUAGUCCGCGGAUCACCGAUGAGUACGGGAAGAUCGCCAUCCUUCGCAUUCUGCAUCAGAUGCGCGUGAAACCGUCACUUCCGACAAUUGCGACGACACCAACAUCGGCGCGGGGCAAUAUGUCUCGUGGAAGCACCCCACGCGGCAAGAUUGGCACACCCACUGCCCUCACCCCCUACUCUUUUUACCAGCAGCAGCAGCAGCCGCCUAUGACCACGGUGGCGACAAUAGGAGCAACGACGACGACGACGACGGCAAUAACAACAACAACACCCACGGUGGCAGCGACACCAGCUGGGCAAGGACCACCAGUCUUGGAGAUUCCACGUCUGCGCUUUACUGUAGAGGCAUCGCGGCAGCACGCGAUGGAGCCGGCGUUGAACGCUCCGCGGCGUUCCAACACACAGACGCCGCAGACAACACAACGCGAGGCGAACUCCUCCCAAUCAAACGCGGCAUCCUCACGCACGCCUCUUGUGACCUCCGCCUCGCCACGCUUCCCUGCUAUUACCAACCUGCGACUGAAUGAAGUAUUGAAUGGGCGGAACACCAGUGAAUUGGCCUCUGACGCGGAUGAGAUACGCAUGACAGAGGAGCGCCUGCAGAAACUGAAGGCCGCGUCGCCACAGGCCACAGAAAUCCUCCCGUGGCUGUUCGUUGGGGGCGAAGAGGCGGCGUGUGAUCGCCCGCAGCUCCUCGCAAAGGGCAUCACCGCUGUUGUCAACACUGUCGCAUUCGCCAUGGGCAACGUACAUGACGAAUUUUUUCACUACCUCAGUCUGUAUGUGAGCGACUCACCCGAUGAGCCUAUCUUCUCCUUAUUUCCCGUUGUGAUUCGCUUCGUCGAGGAGAUGCGGGCGAACGGUGGAAAGACGUUUAUUCACUGCCAUCAGGGUGUCUCACGCUCGUGUUCAUUUGUCAUUGCGUACGUGAUGUGGCACGAGGGAAUGUGCUACGACCGUGCCUUCGAGUACGUCCGUGCGAGGCGUACUGUCUGCAGCCCUAAUGCAGGCUUCUACGUGAAUCUGUUGCUGUGGGAGAAUCAGUUGGCCACACCGGUGCUCAACAAAGCUUAUGUAUACGUGCCGUACACGGAGUACCUCUUCCCCUACUCCUUCCGCCUCGCGCUGGCGUUCCGGAACCACCAGAAGUCACACGACGAUGAUGACUCGCAUGUAGUUAAUACGUUCGUGCACACUGUCUACGAAGGCAACGACAGCUACGUAGUAGACCCACGCCUAAGUUACGGCAUUCUGCUCGGCGAGCGCGGUCCAGUGAGUGGCGGGCGUACACCACCGCCCAUUGAGUCGUAUUUCUUUGCCGACGAGGAGUGCGACGAGGUGGUGCGACAGCAGGCGAAGGAGGACUGGGAGGCAUUCAUUAAGUGCAACUUCUACCAGGGUCAGAAGAAGCGUAGCAUUAACAACAAAGGCGAGAGUGUCAAUUUCGUCCCGCUGCCUCGGCUAGAGCGUCCAACAGAGUCUCUCUGGACUGUAAAGGACGUCGCCGCCGUCAUUAACGCCGGGGUGUUUGGGGGGCAGCGUAGAAGCUCAUCCGGUGGAUCGCGGCUGCCGAAGCCCGUACUGGCGCACGACCGCUGCUGGGACAGUCUGCUUGCCCGCAGCGAUGUGGUGUUUAGUUUUGCCAAGCAUCUUGCGGAGGAGCAGCGCGUGCGGCUGGGGGCAGGGAAUCGCAAACGCAUGCGGGACGAAGAGCGGCGACGUGCGUCCAAGACGAUGGUAGCCGGCGUCACUCCACGCCUCUCUCCACACUCUCACAAUAGCGCGGUCGCAUUGAAGGCGGCAACAUCAACUGCAGUAGGAGGAGGAGGAGGAACAACUGCGGCGUCAUUGUCUUCACGCUCGCCCGGGUCUGGGGCGCGGCCCACGGUACCGCUGCGCAAAGGUCCGGGAUCCACGCCGUCGUCUCCGGGCUCGCACUCGCCGCGACAUGAGGUGGAGAUCUACGCGUACCCCUUCACCGGCUCCCCCCUUCCCAACAUAUUUGACAUCUCCGAUAUGGAGGCGGGGCGCUGCUAUGUGGUCAUCGUCCCCGCCACCACGAGCACGACGGACCACCACCGCGUGUUCCUGUGGAUGGGCUGCAAGUGCAGCGUCGGUGAGGCGGAGGCGUGGCAGGCGUACCAGCGCUCGCUGAAGGCCGGCAAAGACGUGCGACUGUGGAGCGGCAUGGUGCUGAAGGGCCCAGUAGAGGAGGUCGUCCAUGACGGUGAGGAGCCGGAUGACCUUUUACUUGCCCUUGACUGA